AUGAAGCUUCUUUCCAUGCUUCUUUCCCUGAUUGGCUUGAUCACUCUUGCGGUUGCAGGACCACCUUUCGCAGAGGGCCUCACUGUCAGAGACGGCGCCGAUGAUCUUCCAUACCCUCUUGUUCCUGCUCAAUGGACUGUUAACCUCGACGGACAAAACCACACUUUCAAUGGCACUGUUCAGGUGAGUCUUUCUGAUGAAACUUCAUUUCGUCGACAUCGUUUUCAGGUCAACAUACUAAUUCGAUCUUAGUCUGUCCACGCCCAACUUAAUGCCCUUCGUCCUGAUUGGCGUAGCAUAGUUGCUGCAGACACUGCGCCUCUGAAGCUCAAGCCUCGAAACAAGGUAUGCUCGCCACAAGUCAUCAAUUUCAGAUUCCAGUAAACUCAUGGUUGGGAUGAUUUUAGGACCACAUUAUCUGCUGCGAUCACACCAAUUGGCACUGGCUUUACGCUGCUGUUUAUAACAUUUUGGAAGCCUACGACGAGCUGGGUAAACUACAUGAGCGGAUACUUCCUUGCUUUCCUCUAUUGGGAAUACUGACAGUUGGUAGACAGCCUGGGACAAACUGAAUGCGGAGUGCAGGCCCGAAGCUGUAUUCAAAUCGCAUGCUGGGGAAAUGACGGAGUUGUUUUGUGCAAUGAUGUAAGUUAUCUUCAAUGUGGUUGUGAGACAUGCUCAAUAAACCUACUUGCUAACAAUCAUACUCCUAGAACUGGUAUUAUAUUCAACCACAAGCCCGAUACCUUGCCACGUACAUCUUGAAUAUCCGCAACGUUUGCACUCAACACCCCCCUGGUGCAGACUGGUUCGGUAUUAUGUGUGGCCAAGAGUGAGUGUUUUUAUUUCUCUAUCUUUGAUUCCUCAUCAUGUUGAGUUGUCGUUUUCUACUCUUCCCCUUAACCACACAUGAGAAUCUGGAUGCUGACAAGGCUCUGUAGGUUUGAUACUGAUAAUUACAAAAUUAUUGUCAAAUCUCAGACGUAUCCCGGAUGCUAGACAGGUUCUAUCUUCGUUCCUCAGUCUAUUUCUCAGGUUCUACAAAGGUGCUUGGGGUAUAUUUUCAGGGGUUUAUUGGGGAACUAGACAGAUCGAUCACGGCUUCAUUGUGGUUUGGGUGAUAUGGAGAAUGCACCUUGGUCUCAAUGAGUGCUGA